UUAUUGUUAAAGCACUGGAGCAGCUAAUCCUCACAGACCUGUAGGAGCUGGAGUGGGAGCCCAAGAGCAUGAUUCUUCCCGAGUCCCUGGCAUCCCCAGAAGCUUCAACUCUGGAGGAGAUGGGUCGAAAGGAAGAAGAUGACUGCAGUUCUUCCUGGAAGAAACAGACCACCAACAUCCGGAAAACCUUCAUCUUCAUGGAAGUGCUGGGAUCAGGAGCUUUUUCAGAAGUUUUCCUGGUGAAGCAAAGGAUGACUGGGAAGCUCUUCGCCCUGAAGUGCAUCAAGAAGUCACCUGCCUUCCGAGACAGCAGCCUGGAGAACGAGAUCGCCGUGCUGAAAAUGAUCAAGCAUGAAAACAUUGUGACCCUGGAGGACAUCUACGAAAGUGCCACUCACUAUUACCUGGUCAUGCAGCUUGUCUCUGGUGGGGAGCUCUUUGACCGGAUCCUAGAGCGGGGUGUCUACACAGAGAAGGACGCCAGUGUGGUGAUCCAGCAGGUGUUGUCAGCAGUGAAAUACCUCCAUGAGAAUGGUAUCGUCCACAGAGACUUAAAGCCUGAAAACCUGUUGUACCUUACCCCUGAUGAGAAUUCUAAGAUCAUGAUCACAGACUUUGGUCUGUCCAAGAUGGAACAGAAUGGUGUCAUGUCCACUGCCUGUGGGACCCCAGGCUACGUGGCUCCGGAAGUGCUGGCCCAGAAGCCCUACAGCAAGGCCGUGGACUGCUGGUCCAUUGGUGUCAUCACCUACAUACUGCUGUGUGGGUAUCCCCCUUUCUACGAAGAAACUGAGUCUAAGCUUUUUGAGAAGAUCAAGGAGGGCUAUUAUGAGUUUGAGUCUCCAUUCUGGGAUGACAUUUCUGAGUCAGCCAAGGAUUUUAUUUGCCACUUGCUGGAGAAGGACCCAAAUGAGCGGUACACCUGUGAGAAGGCUUUGAGUCACCCCUGGAUUGACGGAAACACAGCCCUCCACCGGGACAUCUACCCAUCCGUCAGCCUCCAGAUCCAGAAGAACUUUGCCAAGAGCAAGUGGAGGCAAGCCUUCAACGCUGCAGCCGUGGUGCAUCACAUGAGGAAACUGCACAUGAACCUGCAUAGCCCGGGCGUCCGCCCAGAGGUGGAGAACAGGCCGCCUGUCACUCAAGCCUCGGAGGCCUCUAGACCCAGUUCCCCUGAGGUCACCAUCACUGAGGCACCGGUCCUGGACCAGAGUGUGGCACUCCCAGCACUGACCCGGCUGCCCUGCCAGCACGGCCGCCGGCCCACUGCCCCUGGGGGCAGAUCCCUCAAUUGCCUGGUCAACGGCUCCCUCCGCAUCAGCAGCAGCCUGGUGCCCAUGCAUCAGGGGCCCCUCGCUGCCCGGCCCUGUGGCUGCUGCUCCAGCUGCCUGAGCACCGGGAGCAAAGGGAAGUCCUCCUGCUGCUCCGAGCCCACACUCCUCAAAAAGGCCAACAAAAAACAGAACUUCAAAUCAGAGGUCAUGGUGCCUGUGAAGGCUGGUGGCAGCUCCCACUGCCGGGCAGGGCAGACUGGAGUCUGCCUCAUUAUGUGAUCCCUGGAGCCCAUGCUCAUGUCACUGCAACUUUCAGGAGAGAUGCUCAUCUCUUCUCUGCCCUUCCAAACGUGGCAUCUACCUGGCAGAGGGAGGACAGCAGAGCAAGUGGAGCAGGGCCUGGCAGGAGCAGUCUCUGUUCAGAAGCACCCGCCUGCUGCCGCCUGGGGCAGCCCCUCACAGAGGCCCGGGGGGAGCCCCACGGCAUAGAGGCCUCCGUUAAAGCUGCAGGCAGGAGGAGGGCACCCACCGCAGGCUUCCAGAUCCCCUGACCUGCCUGCUCUCUGCCCCCACACCCUACGUGCCGUGGCUCUGUGCAGUGUGCGUAGAUAGCUGUCACCUGGGUUUGUGCUGUUUGUCGUGAAAAGCUUAAUGGGCUGGCCAGGCUGUGUCACCUUCUCCAAGCAAAGCCAUAUGGAGCAUCUACCCAGCCCCCGCUCUGCACAUGCUUCAUCCUCAUGGCCAGAAUGGGCUCACUGAUGUAAUUGCCUGCCCAUCUGCACGAAGGACAGCUCCCUGGGGCCUGCCGUGAGCUCUCCAAAUUCUGAUCCCUAACUGCGGAAUCAAUUCUCACCUGCACUGAGACCCAGCCAACCAGUUCCUGGCCACACUUCUGUCCCCUCCCUCUGUGCCUCAAUCUAAAAGCAGUGCCACACCCUCCAGGGUGGAAUGGAAAGGCACUCAUGACUAGGGACUGUAAGGUGUUUUAUCCUGACCACAUACCUUCCAGGCACACAACCAGUGAAGUUACUGGAAGCUGACUCUUUUCACUUCAGUCGGGAAUUCUAAUCCUGCCUCUGGGCCCCUUUCUCUCCCUGAAAAUCAGGCUCCAUGUUCUCGUCCUUCUUUAGUUUCUUCACCACCCCCAACCCCUCCAGCUUCAUGCUCAGUGCUGUGCUCAAUAAAAUGGACAUAUUUUUCUCUAA